AUGUCCAAGCGAAGUCUUCACGUUCGGAUUCCUCUGAGUCCACUCAAUUCCUCCCACUCCUCACGACAUUCCUCUCUCGGCCUCUCUCCUAAAAUCCAUCUCCAUGGAUCUCUUGACAUUGCUUCUCAAGAUGUCUUUCAAUUAUUUUCGUUACAAAAUGUCUUGACCGAUACCAAUCUCAUUCACAAAACAAUGCAAGAGUUAAAAGUCGGAAAGAAAUUAAAAUGUAUUCGGUUAGGAAAAUUGGAAAUACCAUCAUCGCCGAAUGGAUCAUCACCAACAAGGAAUUUAUUCAACUCAACGUCGUCCUUGUCAUCAUCAACGACGACCACUUCGACGUUUUCGUCGCAAUCAACAACAUCAAGUUUGACACCGGAACAUUCUCGAUUUUCGUUUCCUUUUAAAAAACAAGACAAGUAUAAAGAGUAUUGUUGGGUUUUGGAUGAAAAUGAAGCAUAUUUGGAGAUUAAAGAUUCAAAAAAGAAAAAGUUGAAAGCACUGAUAUUCAUUCGUGACAUUCACCAAAUUGAACAUCCAAAAAUUGGUCCACCCAUAGACUCCAAACCAAAUGAAAACGAAUACUCUCUCACAAUGAUCUACUCAUCAGGCAAAACACAAUUCGCACAAAAAUCUUCCAUCACGAUCGAAGAACGAAUGGACGUUGUUGUUGGUAAUCAACGAGAGUUUUACAUUUUACUUUCCAUAUUAAACUUUUUGAUCUGUCAAGCAGAUAUGAAGAAUGCAAGAGAUCCAACAAGUUUGCAAAUAUUGAAAUGUUGGAUUGGUACGCAAGUGAACCAUGAUGGACAUUUAGAUUUGAAAGAAUUAUCAAAAUUAUUGAAUCGAAUUAACAUUGAUUUUCCUUUGAAAUUACUUAAACAAAAAUACAAACAAGCCGAUGUGGAUGGAACAGGAUACAUUGAAUUCAAUGAAUUUGAAGAAUUUUACUACUCUCUGAUUUAUAAGGAAGAAAUUGAGACUCUACUCUUUCGAAAGUUUGCAAAAAAUCAGCAAUUACUCUUUUUAGAAGAUUUUCAUGAAUUUCUUCAAAAUCAGAGCAAACAUGAAAUCAUUACUCAAGAAUAUGCUGAAAAUAUUAUCAAGAAAUAUAAUCCAAUAUAUUUCAAUGACAAAAUUGGAUUGAGAUCUCAUGACUUUGCUCGCUUUUUACUUUCUGGAGAAGACAAUCCAAUUCUAGAUUUGGAAUUCAAAAAACCAAACACUCAAGAUAUGAAUCAACCAUUGACACAUUACUACAUUUCAUCUUCACACAAUACCUAUUUAACAGGUCUACAAUGGAAAGGAGAAAGUUCAGUCGAACAAUACAAGAACGUUCUUCUUACAGGUUGUCGAUGUGUGGAAUUGGAUUGUUGGGAUGGCCCUAAUGAACCCAUUAUUUAUCACGGACGAACCUUGACAAGCAAAAUUUUAUUUCGUGACGUGAUUAUCAUGAUUAAUCAAUAUGCAUUUGUAGCCUCUGAAUAUCCAUUAAUUCUCUCACUUGAAGUUCACUGUAGUGAGCCACAACAAGAAAUGAUGGCCAAAAUCAUGUGUGACAUUUUCGGAGAUACUUUAUUGAAAUCUUUCUUUGAGAAUGGACAAGAGAUUAAACAAUUACCAAGUCCCAAUGCUUUGAAGAGAAGAAUCAUUUUGAAAGGAAAAAAGCAUUCAGAAAUGACUGAAAAUGGAACUGAAGAAUUUAUAAACGAUUCAGAUGAGGAAGAAGAAGACGAUACGAGUAGUAUCAGCAUGGAUCGAGUAGGAGGCAUUGCAUCUCCAGCAAAAUCUCCAAAGAAACCAGGAACUCCUUCUGCAAGUUCCAAUAGCGUUGGUAGUAGUGGUGGUGACAAUUCCAAAAAAACAACAAACAAACGAAAAGUAGCGAAAGGUCUCUCUGAUAUUAUUGCAUGGUGUGGAAUUUCAUUUAAGGGAGAAUUGAGUGCUGUGUGUUGGCAUCAACAUUCCUUUUCAGAAGACAAGUUGAAAAAAAUGGUCCGAAAAGAUCUUCAAGGAAUUGUCAAUUAUAAUAAGAAUCAAUCCUUGAGAAUUUAUCCAAAAGGAACUCGAGUGGAUUCCAGUAAUUAUUGUCCAAAUAUGGGAUGGGUCACUGGCUGCCAAUUGGUCGCUCUCAAUUAUCAAACCUAUGACGAACAUAUGAGAUUCAAUGAAGUGAAAUUUGAGGAAAAUGGAAAGUGUGGAUAUAUUUUAAAACCUGAUUUUUUGAGAUUGGAUGGAUUACCCUAUCCAUCGGCGCGUACACACAAACCUUGUUUUUACACACUAUUUGCAAUAUGUGCUCAGAAUUUACCAAAAUCUUCAGCAUCGACUCGAGGAGAGGUUUCAAAUCCUUACAUUCGAGUUCAAGUGUUAGGAAUUUAUCAAGAUUUAUUUGAGGAUCGAUCGGAUAUUGUCAUGGGAAAUGGAUUCAAUCCAACCUUCAAUAAGGUUUUUUAUUUCACCAUUUUGUGUCCAGAAUUGGCCUAUGUCAGAAUUUCCAUUUUUGACAAACAAAAAUCCUCGGAUGUAUUUUUAUGUGAAAAUUACUUGUACGUGAAACAUUUGAGAGAAGGUUACAGAGCAGUUCCCAUGCUCGAUCAAUAUGCAAAACCCAUUGACGGUUGUUCCAUAUUGUGUGAAUUAAGGAAAGAUUCCAUUUGUGUUCCAUUGCCUUCUCUCUCCAUCGAAACCACUGCUUUGGACGAUGCAUUGCGACUUCCAUCAACUUCAGAAAUUGCAAAUGUGUCAAAGAGAGUACUUGCUUCUCGAUCGAAUCAUCAUUUCAAUGCUUCUUCUUCGAUGGGAGAAGAUUCUUUCGAAGAUUCUUCCGAUUCAACUUCGAAUGGAAGUCAAAAUAAUGCAAAUUAUUUACCGUCACCUUCCUUGUUGGCCAUGUCCAAUGAAAAUGAUUCGUCUUUGGGUGGAUAUUUGGAGAAAGUGGUAGCUUUAGAUGAUGGUAGUUAUGUGAAUAUUGCAAAAAGGUUGGAAAAUGGUUCGAUACCAUUUGGAUCUGUGUAG